GUGUGCCUCACACCAGAGGGAGAGGAGGCCAUGACACAGUCACACCUGGCUUGAAUAAGAGAGUGUGUAAAACCUUUGAAAGGGAGGCACUGGAAAUGCACUAAAGAUGUGAUUAAGUUCAUCUGAGGAAAUAGUAGCAUUGAGUGGCUCAUGAAAAGGAGCAGAGUGGAUUUCUCUUCCAGGUUGUGACUGAAGAUCCUGCACUGGAUCCUGGAUCUUUAUUAUGCCACCACAAGUGAUGCUGGAUUGUUCUGAGGUGAAGCGGUUGAGUCCAGAGUUGUCGGGGUCCCUCAGGAGACGAAAUUCUUCCAGACCCAGCAGUCAGGAACUUGGUAUAAAAUGUGUCCUUGUGGGUGAUGGCGCAGUGGGCAAGACCAGUCUGGUGGUCAGCUACACUAUAAAUGGCUACCCGACCGAAUAUCAGCCAACUGCCCUAGACACGUAUUCUGUUCAAGUAUUGGUGGACGGGGCACCUGUACGAAUUCAGCUUUAUGAUGCAGCUGGACAGGAAGACUUUGACCGCCUCCGAUCACUGUGUUAUCCUGAAACAGAUGUCUUCCUGGUGUGCUUCAGUGUGGUCAAGCCAAGCUCCUUCCAAAAUGUCACUGAGAAAUGGAUCCCUGAAAUCCGCACCCACUGUCCUCAUACACCAGUGGUACUGGUGGGAACUCAGACAGAUCUUAGAGACGAUGUUAAUGUACUCAUCGACCUGAGCCGCUACAAAGGCAGACCGGUCAGUGAGCCCCAAGCACAGGCCGUGGCACAGAAAAUCAGAGCUCAGACCUAUGUAGAGUGCUCUGCAUUGACUCAGAAAAACCUCAAAGAGGUAUUUGACACGGCCAUUCUCAGUGCUAUUGAGCAUAAGGCACGAUUGGAAAAAAAACUCAGUUCAAAGGGCUUUAAAAGACUUUCCAAAUGCCGGUGGAAGAAAUAUUUCUGCUUUGUUUGAACCUGUUCUGCCAGCACUUGUCAAACUGAGCACUCCACUUUGAGUUGGCCUGAGAAGAUGGGGACUUGCCCUCAUGGCCUGCAGACUUCUUGGUGAUUGAUUGUAAGGUUUUAGCUGGUUUUUCAAGUGGACUUACUGUUUGACAUUUGAUAUCUUAGAGGACUUUAAAGGAUUAACCCCCUCAAUCAUCUCUGACCAUCAAUGCAUUUUAGCAGGACAUUUUAUAUAUUUGAGGGAAAGAGUUCAGUAACCAGUUAAGGUCCUUGUGAUAAAUAAUGGGUAUAACACUAAGGUCUAAUAGACCUCCUCAAUGUACUGUGAACAUUUAACACAUAUUUUGUAAUAUGGGUAAAUCUAUCCCUUGUUUGAAAUGUAAAACUUCUCUUCUGCAAUAUAUUGAAUGGUUUGACUACAAUUGCUGCUAUAGUAUGAUCUACAGAAUAGCUAUAACUAAAAUUUGACAAAGUGGAAAAUUAAUUUUUAGAAAUUACCAUAGAAUACUUUCAAUACAUCAAAUAUUUACAAUAUUUCUUAUAGUUUGCUAUGGGAACAUCUCCACUUCUACAAACCCACACUUUACUAAAUAUACCCCCUGUAGUCUUUGAUGUGCUUAAAUAGUGGCCUUCACACACUAGCAAAUCUGUUUUAGCUGAUAAGAUUAUGGCUGCCCCUGUACUUCAUUGUUAAGCACUUUUUAACCACUCAAAUUGAGACUAAUUUAUAUCUUAAACCAUUUAGGCCGGGAUUCAAUUACCUGUGGUAAGUUACGACAGGUGAAAAAGGGAGAUAGCCUUGAGCUUUAACGCCCUAGACCAAUGGUGACUCCAGAGGUGGGGCUGCAGCACAGUCCAAAAUUGAAAUAGCAGAGCCACACCAACUGCCACACCACAUGCUGCCAAACAUCGCCAGUCAGGACUGUGUGGCAGUUGGUGUGGCUCCCUUAUUUGAAUUUUGGACUGUUCUGCAGCCCCACGUCCGGAGCCGCCACUGCCUGGGACUAUCCAAUUUCACUCCUUUCUUCUCCUGAUUAUCUUGAUAACACCCAUUAACGUAGUGUUAAUGGGCGUUCACAUGGGUUAACAGACAUAUACACAAGAUUCAUAUGUUAAUAGGGUAGCGGCACCCAUUAACCCGGUAGUUAUCAAGGAUUUUUUUCUCAUACAGAGGUGUCCCUCCAUAAAAGUCACUGUUAUAAUUUAAUAAAUGAAAAUAUGAAUUGGUGAUCUUGUAGCUUUAAACCAUAUUACCACCCAAUUACUAAAAUGUAGUCACCUGCUCCUUUCCCCUCUGACCAUUCUUGCAAUGGCUUCUUUUUUUUUUUUCUAAAACAAGGGCAAUAUAAUAUUGUUGGGUUGGGGCACCAAUCAGAAGCUGGGAUCUGUAACUGGCCUUCUGAUUGGUUUUCACAAUCGCACACCCUUCAGCCAUUUUUAAAAUGGUGAAUUCAGGUUUUGCCAGUUCUGUAGUAAAGUAAUAAAGUGGUUGCUGGAAUAAUGACUUUAUGGAGCAACCCCAGGGUUCCAGGGAUGAUGAGGAGCUGGUGAGUCAAGUUUAGCAGUUAAUUUAGUUAAAAUGUUUUAAAAAUACUAAAAGAAGCAGAGACACUUUGUUUUACUGUUUGGAAAGGCAAGUAAACGUGCAUGAUAUAAAGAGAGGUUUAGGUAAGUAAAUCACGAGGAAAAUGGGAAGUCUGGUAGAAGGAAAGGAGAAUGCAUAUUUUCUAUUCAUUAACAGUUACAGUAUGUGAGAAAAAAAGAUUAAAGAAAGUGAAAGUACAAAGUAAACUGUAGUUGGCUUACUUGGUCUAAUCAUUGUUAGAAUAUAGGUGGACAUAUUGACUUCUGGAUUUAAGUUUUGAAUUGUAUUGGGUAAUUAGAAAUGAACAUAAAAUUUACUGAGAUAAAAAGUAAUUAGAUAUAUAAUAUAAAUAUAUAACAUUUGGACUUAUUCCAGAGUCCUGAUGUACCCAUCGGGAAAAUUGAUAAAUUAGGUAAGGCCUUCAAAGGUAAAAAUAAAAGCCUGUAAUGGUUUAACAAAUCGGCUGAUCUAGCACACUAAUCUCAAUAAAUACUCAAACUUACUUUUCUGGUUCUGCAAUAUCCUCUGGCAUUCAAUGGUCUCUGCAAUAUUUACUUCUUAAACUGGAAGGUUGAAAGACUUGCCACCCCUACAAACACAGCUUGAACACACACCUGGUUAAGUAAAUACUGAAAUAAUAUCCAAGGAAUAAAACUAGUUUGCUGAUCGUUUUCCUGUGUAUAUAUUUGUAUAAAUAUAACUGUUCAAAGCACUGGCUGAACAAGAAAUAUAUUGUAAAAAAAUUGUAAAUAAAAUCUUUUUCUACUAUAA